AUGACGAGCUGUUAUCCAUUGUUGCGACAUGUUUGCCGCCAAGAUGCUGGUAGACUUGGACAUCAAAUAGGAUUGAAACCAAUCACUUCUGUCCAAACAUGGAAACGAUGGAACUCGAAGAGUACUACAGAAAAAUUGAAAUCAGCCGAUCCUACAAAGCUCAUCGAUCUCAAGACAAUCCCAGCCGAAAAUAUUCGAAACUUUAGUAUUAUUGCACAUAUCGAUCAUGGAAAGAGUACGCUCGCAGAUAGGUUACUUGAAUUAACCAACACAAUUUCUUCUCGUGGAUCUAAUAAACAAGUACUCGAUAAGCUUAAAGUGGAACGAGAACGUGGAAUCACUGUUAAAGCACAGACAGUUUCCAUGUUUUACAAAUACAAGGGCAAAAACUAUCUCCUCAAUUUGAUUGACACACCUGGCCACGUAGAUUUCAGCUAUGAGGUUUCUCGGUCAUUGGCAGCUUGCCAGGGAACUCUUUUGCUUGUUGAUGCAGCACAGGGUAUUCAAGCCCAGACUGUUGCUAAUUUUUAUUUGGCAUAUGGCCAAGGAUUGGAAAUCAUACCAGUAUUGAAUAAGAUUGAUCUUCCUGGCGCAGAACCAGACCGUGUGCUUAAGCAAAUCCAAAGUGCAUUCGAAGUAGAUACCUCAUCUAUUCUCAAGAUUUCUGCAAAGACAGGUAUCAAUAUCGAGUCCGUCCUUCCUAGUGUAAUCGAGAAGAUCCCUUGUCCAAAAGGUUCCAUGACAAAACCAUUCCGUGCUCUGCUAUUCGAUUCAUGGUAUGAUAAGUAUGUUGGGGUUGUUUGCAUGCUUGGUGUAGUAGAUGGAACAAUCCGAAAAGGAGACAAAGUCGUAUCUGCUUAUUCAGACACACGUUAUGAGGUUACAGAAGUAGGAAUCAUGCACCCAGAGCAGCUACCAACAGGCUAUCUGCACUCUGGACAGGUUGGGUAUAUUGUCUGUGGUAUGAAAACAGCAUCUGAAGCCCACAUUGGAGAUACUUUCCAUCAUAUUGGUAAGAAAGUAGAAGCUCUUCCCGGUUUCCAGCCGGCGCAAUCCAUGGUAUUUGCGGGUAUUUUUCCGGUAGAUACAAAUGACUUUAAAAAGAUGGACGACUCGAUCAAAAAGUUGACCCUUAAUGAUGCUAGCGUGAGUGUUCACAAAGAAACGAGUAAUGCACUUGGUCAAGGAUGGCGCCUUGGAUUUUUGGGUACUUUGCACAUGGAUGUGUUCCGACAGAGAUUGGAGAAUGAAUACGAAGCCAAUAUUAUUGUAACACAGCCUACCGUUCCUUACAGAAUCGUAUACAAGGAUGGGACAACAAAGACUAUCCGAAACCCUUCGGAAUUUCCGGAUGGAGACGAGCGAGCAGCCAGAGUUUCAAGACUACAAGAGCCCAUGGUGCUUGCUACCAUGAUAUUCCCUGAUGAAUACAUGGGUAAAAUGAUCGAGCUUUGUGGUACUCGACGAGGAGAACAGCGCGAAUAUGUCUACGUAGAUGAGAAGCGUGUGAUGAUGAAGUACAUUUUACCACUUGCGGAAGUUGUCACAGACUUUUAUGAUGAAUUGAAGGGAAGAUCUUCGGGUUAUGCUACAUUUGAUUAUGAAGAAGCAGGUUAUGAAGAUAGUGAGCUUGUGAAGAUGACUGUAUUAUUGAACUCCAAGCCUGUAGAUGCGCUUUCUGUUAUUCUUCAUCGAUCCCAGGUUGAUCUGGUCGGACGAGACUGGGUAAAGAGGCUCAAGGGUGUCAUUCAAAGACAGCUGUUUGAUGUGGUCAUUCAAACUGCGUUAGGGACAAAGAUUGUGGCCAGAGAAACAAUUUCUGCGCUGCGAAAGAAUGUUACGGCAAAAUGUUAUGGUGGUGAUGUAUCACGUAAAAUGAAGCUUCUGCAGAAGCAGAAGGAAGGCAAAAAACGGAUGAAGAUGAUUGGAAAUGUCGAGUUGCCUCAAAAAGCAUUUUAUGAUUUUAUGGACAACAACGCAUCUUGAAAACAAAAAUAGCGCUUAUUAAACCACAUGCUGUGAUACUCCACAGACCAGCUUUUGGGAUAAUUAAUUGGUAUUUGCUUUGAUAGUCCAUGGCUGUUUGUUUGUUUAUUUAUUGAGCCUUGAGCUUCAUUACUUGAUGAGUUUGUAGAAAUAGACUGAAAAUUUAAUUAAAUAAAUAUAUACAUAGAUACAUUAAAUGUAUAGAUGUAUUCAAGUGUAUGUAUAUAUAUAU